UGUGUGGCCCAUGAAAUGAUCUGCAAUAGUUUUAUCUCAUUUAUUGACGCCGUCAAUGCCUCCAAACUUGUUAUAUCUGGAAAUCAGUAUGUAUAUCUAUCUUCUAUAAAGAUAUGUCUGUUUUGUAUGGCUCUGCAGAUUCCAAACUCUUUUUGGACAUCUCUAGUUUCAUUUCAACUCUCUUUUUGUAAAAGAUCUUCUAUGGAAACAGACAUAAGAUCCUUGGCUCAAAGGCCGGGAGGCUAUGAGGAAGUGGAGAGGACGAGGGAGCUUGUCACCAGGGAUUUACUUGGAAAUGGAGAGCAAGUGGUCGGAACUGCUGAGGUUGAUCUUGAGCUCAGAGUUCCUGACGGAUGGGAGAGACGGUUAGACCUAGUGACCGGAAGGACCUACCUCCACAAGCCCGAACCGCAUCCAGCGCCCCGCCGCCACCACAACCUCGACCUCGCGCUUCCCCCGCCGUCCCCCUCCGAUCACCUCCCCAAACAUGAAGCGAUGGCGCCUCCCUCCCGGUACCAGAGCGUGUGCACACUCGAUAAGGUGCGGUCCUCCCUCGAGCGCGCCGGGCGGCGGCCCGACGGCUCUCCCUCCCCGCCUUCCUCAUCGUCCACCGGAGUCUCCUCCCCGGUGAAGCUGCAGGAGGAAGGCGAUCGAGAACUGGAGCAGCCGCCUGCGGAAGCGAUGGUUGUCGCCGGGUGCCCGGCGUGCCUCCUCUACGUGCUCGUAUCGGAGGCGGCGCCGCGGUGCCCAAGAUGUGCGACGCACGUGCCGGUCAGCAGCGAGCCCAAGAAGAGACACAAGUUUGACCUCAACUCACCAACCAAUGAACAGCGACUCGAUGAUUAAUAUUUUAUAGAAUAUUUA